AUGAUGCUGACGACCAUGACGCCAGCUACAAAGUACCGCGGCCUGCGCAACGACGGCGCGACCUGCUACCUCAACAGCCUCCUCCAGACACUCUACAUGACACCCGAGCUGCGCACGCAACUGUACCAGUCGACAUCGUCCGCGAGUGAAGGCAGCCUUCUGCGGGAACUUCAGCUCCUCUUUGCGAGGCUCCAACUGCGAACCGACCGCAAGGCCAUCAACACGACCUCGCUCAUGCAGAGCUUUGGCUGGACGCCAUCGGAUCUUUUGCUGCAGCACGACGUGCAUGAGCUCUACCACGUUCUCUUCAAGGCUCUCGAUGCCUCACUUCAAGGCUCGCCCAAUGCAAACCUCGUCAAAGACCUCUACCAAGGCACGCUCACAGACUCUGUCCAAUGCAUCACGUGCGGUCGCGAGAGCAGCCACGAUGACGCCUUUCUCGAUCUCUCGCUCGCCAUUCCAUCAACACCAACAAGUCUUGAUGACGCCAUCGCAACCGUCCUCGCCCCCGAGCGUCUCGUCAGUGACAACCAAUGGCUCUGCGACGUCUGCGGCACCAAGCAAGACGCCAUCAAGCGCCUGUCGCUGGUGCAACUACCGCCGCUGCUCACACUCCACCUCAAACGCUUUGCAUGGAGCCAUGACACGUCGAAGCUUACGAGCAGAGUCUCGUUUCCCAAGUACCUCGACAUGAACGCGCAUCAUGCCUCGACGUCCAGCCGUCCCAAGGUGCCGCCGUCUUCCACGACCACGCAAGAAGCAGCAACAGAAGCUUCGUGGCACCCGUCCUUUGACCUCGCUGCUAUGCUGGCAACCCAAGGUCCGUUUGUCUACGAGCUCGCGUCAGUGCUCGUACACGCUGGCGCUGCGAACGCUGGUCACUAUGUCGCGUACAUCCAGGCGUCACUGGACGACGAUCGUCACUGGCUCUGCUUCAACGACGCCUCGGUCUCGACCAUCUCCGACGCCAAAUUGCGCACGGCGUAUGGCGUCGCGUCGGCCAACUGUGGCUACUACGAGGCAACGCGCGCGCCGUGUGCUUACGUGCUGCAGUACCGCCAGGUCGAAGUCUCUCGCAAGGUCCAGUGUCCUGCCGACGACCUGAUACCUCCUUGGCUCGUCGAUCUUGUACAAGCCGAGAUGCAACGCGAGCAAGCAAACAAGCAAGCGCGGGCCGAAUGUCGCGUCGCAGAAGAGAAGAAGAAGGCCAACCUCGCCGACAUGAUCCAGAUCAAGAUCUUGUACGACAACAGCCACAAGAUGCUGCAUGUAUCCAAGAACGCUACGCUCGCCGAGGUGACGGUUCAGGCUGUCGCGCUCUUUGAGCUGCGUAUCUCGCUGAACCGCGUCCGGCUGCGGGCCUACUCCGAGUACCACAUGCUGCCACGCGAGACGUACGACGGUCGUGAACACUGCUCGCUAGCGGCAUUGGUGAUCUACGCCUGGAGCUGCUUGUGCCUCGAGGUCCGAGCCAGCGCUGACGAGGCGUGGGCAGUGUACGAUCCAACGGCGCUGCAGCUGCUCGUGCGCCAAUACGUGCCAUCGACGCCGACGACGCCAGAGCACUUUACCGAGCCGCCCGAGCUUGUGCAACUCCCGGGUAACGCGCGACUCGACGACUUGGUCGCGCUGCUCAGCGCCAAGUUCAACAUGAAUCGAGAUCACCUGCGGCUGCUUACGAUGCGCUCAACGGGCUACUGGGCCAUCACGACACGAAUUCUCAACCCGAAUCACGACGAAGCGACGCUGCGGCAGACACUGCGCAUAGAUCUUUCCGUCCGGGAUGGCAGCAACAUCUACAUGGAAGCCGUCGACGAUCUCGCGGCAUCGCCGUCGCUCGCCAAGGAGCUCUUCGAGGCCCGCGCCUAUUUGAUCACCCUCCAAGUCCAGACAAAGGACCCCAAGCUCUGGCCGUUCACCGUUGACCGCCGGCGACCUCUCCAAGUGCUCAAAGAUCAACUCUGCACCUUUUUCGGACAGCGAUCGGAUACGUUGACGCUGCGGCGCGGCGCAAGCCAGGGCAUCGAGCUCAAGCACCUGGAGGCGUCGUUUUCACACCUAGCCCUCAUGGACCAAUCCAAUCUGUGGAUCGAGCCCGGGGCGCCGCUGCGAGCCGGCGAGUUCAGAGUCCACGUUCACCUCUACACGCCAAGGCCCACCGACACGACGAGUCCGUCAACACUC